GAAUCUUUCUCCACCUCAUGCUGAUUGAUCUCCCGUCUGUUUUUCUUUUUCCAUGCUUGUAAGCAGUCAAUUCCCCUGUCUCCCCUGUCUGUCUGCCAAGGAUGGUCGCUGUUUCUGUUCCUUACUGUAGGAGUGUGGUACGCUUGCGCUUCGGACCGUGGGGAUUCAGUUCCUUCUUCCUCUUCCUCUUCCUCUUCCUCUUCCUCUUCCUCCGUAGCAUUGGCUGCCUUCUAUCUCUCUCUUCUUGUAAUUUACUUUCUUUCUUUCUUUUCUUUUUCCUUCCCGUCUUCGUUGGUUGACUCCAUCAAGAUAAAUCCCCGAAGGUCGUCAUCAAGCCAAGCCACGCAGAGUGGCGACUGUCCUGAUUCGCAUAGUGCCAUGGAAACCUACUGCUCCUCGCACAUUAGCUCGAGUCGACACACCCCCGACACUGGCGUCGGGUGGCCUUGUGAAGGGUGGCAGAGGGGGUUGCCUUCUCCGAGUCCAAUCUCCUUACGACCGUGUAGAAAUGAAAUGAGCCGACGAUGGAUUCCCGCUUUUCCUCCAAGCGCUCGCUCUCUUAUUGUGGAGUCGCCAGCCCGUUCCGACUGUCGAUCCUUGGCUGACGUUGGUGGUGUUUUCGAUUCAUUCUGUUGUUUUCUCUUUUUUCAUCAUUUUAUUUUCUCUAUUUCGUUGUCUUUUUUUUUUUUUUUUUUUGUUUUCUUUUUUCCCGUCUUUCUUUCUUCUUGUGACAUUGAGGGUGCAAGGAGAGGGUUGCAUGUCUUUCUUUUUUCUUUUCUUUUUUUUCCCCUGUCAGAUGUCGUCCGACCUGAUCCCUCCUGUCUCGACCCGUGGAUCACCGAUCUAAAUCUCAAAACAGAUAAAGAAUACCAAGUCAUAGUAAAAGUCGGAUUCAUCACGAAGAUCACAAACACCAAAACAACUAGAUGAGAGAUGUCAAAUAGUCCUCGAAUGCCAAACCAAAGGACUAAGUUAAAUACAAUCCACGCAGAAAGAAACAUGUAAACAAAUCAAGUAGAGUG